AUGAGCCUUGUGCAGUUGUCUUGCUUGAAGGAGAUUCGACGGCUGAAGUAUCCCGAAGAGAUUACCCCGGAGCUCUUCGAAGAGUUUGCUGCCAAGAGUGAGCCAGUGAUCAUCGAAGGCUUGAUUGCUGACUGGCCGGCUUUUGCAGAUGCUGAGCGAAACUGGCGGGGAAGCAGGUGGGAUGACUUAAUGGGAGACGAGGUCCUGGAUGUAGGCUUCGACCCAGCAGAUAGCCGAAUGAUGCACUUCGGGGACGACUGCGGCGAGCCAGAGGUCCUCUUCAACCCUGGUCGCCUGCGCCUGCCAGCCUGGGCCUUCCGGGAGGCUCCCCCGUUUGGUGGGUGGGCCGUCCGUGUGCAUGAAGGCGAGGGUAGCCAGGGAAUGAACAAGCAGUUCAGGGCAACUUGCGUUCAGCCGUGGCUCCCGGAGGAUAAGGCUUGCUCUGCACGCAGCAGAGAAGAGUUGCCCCAUCUCCCAGCAGAGACCGUGUAUUCGGUGCAGUAUGCCAGCAAUCCAAUCACAAGCAACGGUAUGGGGUGGUUGUCUGAGCUCCUCUCAUUCACCCAUUCCGCUCUGGUGAUUACUGAGAUCAAAGCGGAUGGCGAUACCUCAGCUCCCACAUCUCUGCUUUUCGAAUACUUCGCACGCUUCUUUGGCCCUAAAGCGAUCAUGCCUACUUCCCUGGCAGAUGGAAAGCCGAUCUGGGAGAACCAAGCUGUAGUGGGCUGGCGCCCGGCGGAGGAGGAUGAGUGGCUCGCCAAAUCAAACGUGACUCUAGUGGGCACCGCUACUGGAAAGACGUUGAACAAAUGGUUCGAAGAGGUGAUCAUAUAUGGUGAGCAGCACCCAGGCUAUAAUCUAUUCAACGUGUGGAACAGCACAGAUGUUUUCACGCGCCUUCCCUACGUGCAGGACAGCGUUUGCCAUUCCUUCACCGAGUGGAGUCUAGUGACCCUUUACCAGCUCGGCGCUGAUUUUUCGGUUGAAGGUGCGUUAUGCCGUAACUAUAUGUCCUUCAUCACCAACACGCGCCCAACAAUACUCGAUUUGACCUUGCCAGCCGACAUGCGAAAGAUUAGCAGUUUCUACGGAAGCAUCCAGUCGCUUGCCUCCACGACGUUUCGUGACAUGGCCGCCUUCGGUUCCACCCUCUUGCGCGCAGCUAAGAGCGAGUUGAUCGACUUGGAGGUGGUGGUCUUCGAGCGAGGUCUUGGUGAGUCCCAUGGAGUUUAUGUUGGGGCAAAGUUGGCCAAACCCUACGUGGGGGUAGAGCCACACCAGCUUUCUCAGCGAAUGAUCCUUCCCUGGCAGAAGAUACCGGCCAAUGCGGAUGGUGAGUGUCAGCAUAUCAGCACAGAGAAGAUUGUUUCCAUGGUCACGCCAGACUUUCAAAAGGUGGCGCUGCUGCGACAAGAGAUCCUGCGCCUGCGCGAAGAAGAAGGUCGCGUAGAUCUGACCAAGCACGAGCACCUGCGCCGGCGCCUGGCACGUGAGGUAUCUGUACAAAAUGUGCCCUUCCUGGCUGUGGACGCAGACUCCCCGUUGCACUUCUUCGCUCCGCUGGAAUGCCGAAUGAGGGACCUGUUGCCCUUGUCAUUUUACCUGUCCCAUGAUACCUACGCUCUGCCAACCGAGAUGCAGAAGGACUUGGGUCCGCAGGCGCCAAAGCUGAUCGCGGGCUGGGCCAGUCCAAACUCCUCGCGCAUUUGGGCAACCAAUGGGGCGCCGUGGCGGGUGCCGUAUCCGCCGUGGGGUGACAAAUCUGUUCCUGAGCCUGGCCAGGACUCUAUGAUCUACAGCUGCUUCCACUGCGACCGCAUGGAGAAUUUCCACUCUCUGCUGGCCGGGCAGAAGGAGGUCGUGUUGGUGCCUCCUGGCCAUCGUGAUGUCCUCAAAUCCACGAGGUAUGCCACGCAGAAGCAAUGGCUGCUGGCGCCAGUGUCUGCUGGAUCCCAGAGAUAUCUUGGUUCCACCCUGUUUACUUCAAAGCAGACGGAGUGCACGAGCGAUCAGAGCGCCGUGCAUCCUUUCCGUCCGGCAGAGGUUAACCGUAAGGUCUCCAGAGGGCAGUGGCCCGACAGCGUGGACUUCCCUGUGCGGCGCGGCACGUUGAGGAAGGGAGAUACGCUCUACAUUCCAGCAUACCACUGGCAUUGGGUGGCAACUUCCACGCCACCCUCCUUGGGCAUCCAGGACGAUGGUCCGCUUGCUCUCUCUGUCAACUUCUGGUGGUGGCCCAUACAUAAUGACAAGGUCUGA